GAACUUUGGUGAAAGUGAAAGUGUCUUUAGAAGAGACAAACGGUCAUUUAAACCAUAAAGCCUAAAGAUGAGCGACGAUGGCUUGUGUGAGAAGUUUGCGUCAAUGAUCUCCAGGAAAAGAAGAUCAGAUGAAGACAUUGCUGCUCUGUCUGGUUUAACACACAAGUUUUCUAAAGUAAUGCAAACCUUCUCUCAUGAGGAUCUCCUCAAGAUCACUGAGUUCUACAAGCCCUACCUGGCUUAUGUGAUUGACUAUGACAUCACGAGUAUCCUGCAGAACCUGGCCACCAAGAACAUCCUCACUAACGAUGAGGCCAAGAGAUUCAAAGCCAAGGAAAAGUCUGAGGGGCGAGCAGGUGUGGAGUCCUUCAUCAGUGACAUAAUGAAGAUGGACAGUGUGGUACUGGUGAGCCUGUGGGAGGCGCUGGCUGAAGAACUUGUGAGAUUUCCUUCACCGAACAUGACAAGAAUACUGAAGGAGAUGACAGAGGGUGGACCAGACCUCUUGAUGAACAUUCAGGCCAGUCUCCAGCCCACUCCCAUUGACGCUCGUAUUAAAGGUCUCCAUGAGACACACAGAGGUGGUGUGUCUGAAUCUACAAGAAAUUUGGAGGAUCAGGAUUCUCCUGGAGAUCCACACACCAGAGCUGUGAUCUUUGAGACUCGAUACACAGAGCUGAUGGUCAUUGGUCAGUACAGGAGAACCUACAGUGAGAGGCACCAUGAACUUGAGAAGAUGGGGAAAACUCAUGCAAAGCUAAUAGAGGAGCGGACAAAAGAGAAAUGUGAGCGAAUCUGGACAGAGCAGCUUUUUAGGAGGAGUCCUGGAAGUGAGAUUUUCCCCAGCAUUAUAGUGGUCAAUGGGGUGGCUGGAAUUGGGAAGACCACCAUGGUCCAGAAGAUCAUGUUUGACUGGGCCAGAGGCACUCAGUACCAGAGGUUUGCAUUUGUGUUCCUGUUUAAGUUCAGGGAGCUCAACCUACUAGACACAGAGACGGAACCACAGAUGCCCCUGACAAGGCUGAUUGUAAGGCACUAUAAAUAUCUCAAUGACCCAAAGUUGAGAGAAAUCCUGCAGAAACCCGAAUCUCUCCUCUUUAUAUUUGAUGGACUGGAUGAGUACAAACACAAACUGGACUUUACACAGGAGAGGCUCUGCUCAAACCCAGAUGAUUACUUCCCUGUCCACACCCUGGUCACCAGCCUGGUCAGAAGGACAUUACUGAAGGGCUGUACAGUCCUGAUAACAACCAGACCAACAGCCCUGGAGACCCUGGACAUGGAGAGAGUCGAUCGAUUUGCAGAGAUCCUGGGGUUCUUCCCUGAACAAAGGCUGAUGUACUUUAAAAAGUUCUUUGGUGAUGCUGAUCAGGGCUCUGAGGCUUUUCAGUAUGUGGAGGAGAACACCAUCCUGUACACCAUGUGCUUCAACCCCUCAUACUGCUCGAUUUUCUGCUCUGUGCUGAAGAGACACUUCAUGACACCUGAAGAAGACCGAGGAGCUGCCCCCAGAACUGUCACCGAGCUCUUUGUGAUGUUCCUUCACAACAUCCUCACCAAUCACAAGCGAGAAGCCAAAGACCAGCGAGAGAUUCUGGUCAAACUUGGAAAGAUGGCUUAUUAUGGGGUGGUGAACAGGACUCUUGUGUUUUAUGACAAGUUUGAGAUGUCUACUUUUGGUCUCCAGCCAGUUUUGCCCUCUCCAUUUCUCUCAGGGUUCCUCAAAGAAAUCCUUCAGAGGGAAAGCACUCUGGAGCACACGACGUACACAUUCUACCACCUCACCCUGCAGGAGUUCAUAGCUGCCUGCUCCUUCUAUCUUGAUCCAUCAGGGGGUAUUGAGGAGGUCCUUGAGAAGCUGGAGUCGUGUAAAGAUGGCCGGUUUGAGAUUCUCAUUCGAUUCAUGGCAGGACUGGCCAGAUAUUCUGUGUUUAAAACACUGGGGGGAGUCAUGGGGGAGUUUAAGAUGAAGACAGCAAAGCGAAUACUGGAGUGGGUGAAGAAGAAAGCUGAAGAGGCACUACAUGGACGAGAUAACAGUGAAGCUCUGCGAGUGUGUCAGUGGCUCUAUGAGACUCAGAAUAAGAAAUUAAUCAGAGAUGCCAUUGGGAAGGAUUUAAAGAUGAGCUUUAGUGGGACGACUUUAUCUCCUCUGGACUGUGCUGUGCUGGGCUCUGUCAUCAGCUGCUGUGGAGAACUUGAGGAGCUCAACCUGUCAAUGACACCACUGACCUUAGAGUGCAUCAGGAGACUGGCGCUGGGGCUCAUCUGCUGCAGACGUGUCAACCUGUCUGAAUGUCGUCUCACAUCCAGAUGUUCCUUAGCUCUCUCCUCAGCUCUUACUGCUCCACAAUCACAACUGACUGAACUGGACGUGAGCAAAAACAACAUGAAGGAUUCAGGAGUGGAUCAGCUCUGUGAGGGGCUGAGGAGUGAAAACUGCAAAUUAGAGAAACUGGAACUGUAUCAAUGUUAUCUCACCUCCAGAUGUUGCUCAGCUCUCUCCUCAGCUCUUUCUGCUCCACACUCACGGCUGACUGAACUGAACCUGAUUGGCAACAACAUGGAGGAUUCAGGAGUGGAUCAGCUGUGUGAGGGGCUGAGGAGUGAAAACUGCAAAUUAGAGAAACUGAACCUGUCUCGUUGUGGUCUCACCUCCAGAUGUUGCUCAGCUCUCUCCUCAGCUCUUUAUUCUCCACACUCACAACUGACUGAACUGAACCUGAGUGACAGCAACAUGGAGGAUUCAGGAGUGGAUCAGCUGUGUGAGGGGCUGAGGAGUGAAAACUGCAAAUUAGAGAAACUGAGCCUAUGGUCAUGUCGUCUCACCUCCAGAUGUUGUUCAGCUCUCUCCUCAGCUCUUUCUGCUCCACACUCACGACUGACUGAACUGAACCUGAGAGAAAACAACAUGGAGGAUUCAGGAGUGGAUCAGCUGUGUGAGGGUCUGAGGAGUGGAAACUGCAAAUUAGAGGAACUGGACCUGACUCAAUGUGGUCUCACCUCCAGAUGUUGCUCAGCUCUCUUCUCAGCAGUUUCUGCUCCACACUCACGACUGACUAAACUGAACCUGAGCGACAACAACAUGGAGGAUUCAGGAGUGGAUCAGCUGUGUGAGGGGCUGAGGAGUGGAAACUUCAAAUUAGAGGAACUGAGCCUGUAUCGUUGUCGUCUCACCUCCAGAUGUUGCUCAGCUCUCUCCUCAGCUCUUUCUUCUCCACACUCACGACUGACUAAACUGAACCUGAGCAGCAACAACAUGGAGGACUCAGGAGUGGAUCAGCUGUGUGAGGGGCUGAGGAGUGGAAACUGCAAAUUAGAGAAACUGAGCCUGAACUCAUGCGGUCUCACCUCCAGAUGUUCCUCAUCUCUCUCCUCAGUCCUAUCUUCUCCAAACUCACAGCUGACUGAACUGACCCUGAGCUACAACAGACUAGGAGAUUCAGGAGCUCGUCAGCUGUGUGAGGGUCUGCGGACCCCAAACUGUAAAUUAAAGACACUGAAGCUGUGGCCUAAUGAGAUCAGUAAGAGUGAGAAGAAAAACCUGAGGUCACUACAGGAGGAGCUGAACAGGACUGGACGGCAGGUGAAUAUCUACACAGGAGAAUACUGAACAUGUUGAUCAACUGACCCCAGUGACAGUGCCCCUCGUCCACUCUCUCUGAAUUCUUCUCUUUAUUCUUUUAUAAUCUCCUCAGCUCUCCUACACAUUUAAUUCUUCUCACCCUCUGUGCUUCUUCUUUAAACUCACUUGUGCUUCUCCAUCCUGUCACCCUGAACUUGUCACUAAACUCCACAAGUUCAAACCAGCCAGAGUACCACAGUGGGAAUUGUCAUCUGAAUCCAGCGGGGGUCACAAAGCCCACCGAGGGGAGAAGCAGGAGCAAACACGGGUGGACAGUCCAGUUGUAGGGUGAUGGAGAGUGAGGCUAAUCCUGGCAUUGGUGACAAAUUCUGGACAGGCACCAGGCCAUCACAGGUCAAGCUGAUGGUCCUCUGAGCUGAAACCUCAUAAACCCACUGCUCCUCAACAUCAUGUGGUGUUGUUUGAACCCGUGUCUGCUCCACUCCUUGUCCAAUUGUCCAUUUAUAUACAAUUCAUGUCAUCUUCUGUUUGUGACUGAAAAGACACGACCAUGUGCUGAUUUGGACUUCUGUGACACUUUAACACACACAAGGCUCAGGUCUCUUUGUCUUCUUUGUCACUCCCUCAUUGUCACCUCGCUGUCACCUCCACUCAUGUCAUCUUUAGAGAGCAGUGGCCUGAACAAGUGAACCACUUUAAAAGAAAUGAGAACAAAUCGACAAGACGAGGAGAACUCAGGCCUGCUGGUGAAGAAAGUGUGAGGGACUGUAGGCCCACCCAGGGUUGAAUCUCAUGUAUUGAACCCAAUGUUGACCUUGAACUGGACUGAGUGGGUUCAGAAAAUGGAGGGAUGGAGGACACAAAACACAUAAUAAGAAAUAAGAGUGGAACUGGGAUUAGAGUCCAGUUGCUGUGGGCCUGGAUGAUGGAGCGUGAGACCUUAGCUUGAAGGUGGGCAUCUCCUGGAAAGCUGGACAAAGAGCACAGUUUGGAUCGAUGGACUUUGAGUGUGGCAGAGGAGAAAAUACAGAGAGUCAAACAAUGGUGCAUGAAGAAGAACUACAAAGAGAAAGAUGGUUAGAGAGACUGGAGAGAUAGGGGACAGAUGGGGACAGAAGGGGAGAGUCAAAUAGGACAGAGGGGGACAAUAAAUGGAGGAGAGAAGGAAGAGGCCAUUUUAAAAUGAAACAAAGGAAAAGCUGAGUCACAUCCGAAUGGAGCAAAGAAUUUUUCUUUCCAAGGUCAGCGGCCUUGAAGGAGACAUGAUGGCCAUCUGCACCCACUUCUGUGGUGAGAAGGUUGAAGAUUUUUGUGGACAAGAAGACUCUGCUCUGCCUCAGUUGUGGUUCAAGCAAAUCCAUGACAUUUAAUAGCCAUUGAAGGUUAUGCAGUAAAAAGAUCCAAAUAAAGACCGCAGUCGCAGAGAUGGGAAUAUGUGGUGCAUUCUGCAUCAUGGGGUAUACCAGCCCAAGAAACACAAGGUGUAUGUGGUAUUCGAUUGUGCAGCUUCUUUUCAAAGGACCACACUAAAUGAGCAGAUUCUUCAGAGGCCAGACCUUACUAGCACACUGAUUGGUGUCAUUAUGAGGGUCCGUCAAGAAUCUGUGGCAUUAAUGGCUGAUGUGGAAGCCAUGUUCCUCCAGGUUAGUGUUCCUUCAGAGGAUGCUGAUUUACUCCAAUUCUUAUGGUGGCCAGAUAGUUACAUUAAAGGAAUGCAAGUUCCAUUGUUUGGUGCCACCUCCUCACCAAGCUGUGCUAGUUAUGCUCUCAGACAAUGUGCCGAGGACAGCAGGCAUUUAUUUGAUGCUACAUUAAAGUGUUGAAGCAGAUCAGGCAGCUCGGGCACCCUCAGCCCAAAAGAAGGCACUCGGAGUCUCAGGACAGGCAGCAGAAUCAGACUUUAUUGUACGGCGCACAUACAAACUCAGCUCAGAUGACUUGAGACCUGAGCAUUCUGUGAGCUUCAGAUUUAUUACAGUUCUCAUCACAAAAUAUCUCCCGUUCACACAGAUUCCCAUCAUCUGCUUUCCAGGGUUUCUCAUGAUGAUGACCUCGCUCAGCACCUUUUCUUAUAACAAUCACCAGAUGUUGUCGACUUUCUCAUAACAAUAUCCUGCCGUCAUAAACUUUCUCGUAACAAUUUACCCUUCACUAUCUGUUUCUUCAUUAAAAUCCCUUUGGCUCAUAAGACGUAUUUACCUCUUUGAGGUGAGCGUCACCUGAUCACUCCUCCCUAAUCCUGAGCUGUUAAAGAUUGAUGGCUUUUAGUUAAUUAGUUCUCACCACUCACUCCAUAGAACCCACCUGUGUAAACUGGACUGCUUAAUUAAUAACUCAGUUAAUGUUUACUCAUUGCACUAGCAUCUCUUAUGGCUGACAUAAUGGAUAGCCAUGCCAGUUAGGUGGCAGUGCGCAGCUUCACUGGUAAGGACUACGCUGUGGACAGCUUGGCGUGGUGCCUCUUGACUACUUGAAAUAAAAGCACAGGCCCAUAACAAUUAAUGCUUACAUAGUUUAAAACUGGUUUAGUAUACACUUCUGUAACUUUAUUAUUAUUCAUAAAGAGGCACAAACAUAUAAACUUAAAUGCUUCUUUAACCUACAUAUAUAUAUGAGUGUUGUAGUGAAACAGGACUAACUUUAAAAAUCAAACAGGUAUCGCUAGCUAAGCGGAGGUAAGGUACACUCGUAAACGUGACCAGAGGAAGAGAGAUUUGAACAGAGGCUGGUGUGUGAGUGAGGAGGGCCCCGCCUGGCUCCCCACUGCUGACGUCACGUAUCCCCCCACCGUCGACCCACAGCCUCAGUCUCAGAUUAGCAGAAUAUAUUCCUCCUACACGUGAACUAUGAUUCUUAGCGCCAUGAGGCAAGUCACAAAAUUAACAAGAAUGUUCAAGCAAAUUGUAGAAAAAAGCCCGAUCUAAAUCUGUUAAGUAGUUCUCUCGUUCGCUAGCUAAGCGGAGGUAAGGUAAGCUCAGAGGCUGGCACGUGAGUGAGGAGGGCCCCGCAUCUCUCCUCUCGGAUUUGCACAAAUAAAUCGGUACAGCAAGUGAACUGUGAUACUUAGUGCAAUGAGAGAUGUCAAAAAAUCAACAGGAAUGUUGAAGCAAAUUUUAGAAAAAAACCUGAUCUAAAUUCGUUAAGUAGUUCUCUCGUGAAGAGUGGACGGACAUACAGACAGACGAUGGAUUUUAUGUAUUGUGCAAAAGCGCUCUCUUGGCGUCAACCCGACACAGACUGAAAUGGAGGCACAUAUUAAAAUGAACAGAAAGAUUUUAUGUUUGUCUUCCUCGUGUCCCACAGGCCCUACAGAGUCCCCAAAACACACACAAAAGAAAAACACCACAAAUGUCACUUGUCUUUCUCCUCCUCUCCUCCUAGGCAGCUUUGUCCUCCUCCUCUCGACUCUGGUGCUCCAAGUAGUGGCUGCAGGCUCCUUUUAUAGCCCACCCAGAAGUGCGUCAGGUGAUAAUUAACCUAAUUAAGGCUGCACUCCCGAUGUGACUGUAUUGCUGCCCAGAUGUGCUCAGGAAGCUGUGCAGCUUGCCCUGGCGGUGGCCACGGAGUCCAACAGGGAUGAGCUCCGGUGUUACACAAUUGUGGCCCUGAUGUAACCCAGGGAGGCUGCCAGCAAGUGUUCUGGGGGACGUAGUGUGCAUCCCAUGGCUUCUCCCCCAGAUCCAGUACUAAAGGGGCUUCCCAACCUGGCAUAGGUCCCGGCUGUCCGCCACAAUAUAUGCUCAGCAGUGGUCCAGGUGGAUGUAAGAUCUCCAUCUGUUAGGUGAAUUUGGACUUGAUGGAUGUUUCAAGCCAGCAUGCUUUGGUGAAGCGGUUUCUGCUCCGUUGCAUCAUUUCUCUGGUGCUAGUCAAGUAGGGUAUGACACAGUCACAUGUCUACUUCAACAGAACUGUAGCAAACUACUUUGUUAGUGAAAACGCUAGAGUUGGGCCAGUCCAGCUCAUAACCAUCCCAUGAUUAGAAUUAACAUCAUCAACUUUAGCAGUACGCAUGGACAGAAUGCUAAGGAAGGAACUACAGCUGCCAUUACAACAUUCUGUGUUUUGGACAGACAGUAACUAAAUAUAUUAACAACGAGACAACAAGAUUCUGCACAUUUGUGGCUAAUAAGGGAUCAGCUAUUCUACAAACGUCAAAGGGGUCUCAACGGAAGUAUGUGAGCUCUCAAAUCAUUCCUGCUGAUUAUGCAUCUAAUGACCAAAAUGUGGAUGUCUUUAUGCAGAACAAGGUUUGACUGUUUGGGCCCGACUUUCAUACCAAACCAACCAAUGAAGGGCAGAAUGUCGAGAUCCCCUGGCAGACCUGACUACAACAGACCCUGAGAUAAAGAGAAGUGUCCUGGUUAAUUCAGUUGUGGCUAAUGAAAGGGUAGAUAGAGUUAAUCCACUGAUAGAGUACUUCUUCUUAUGGAUGACACUUAAA